GAGGAAAUCUUGAUGUGGGUGAAAAACCAACGUGGCCGGGUGGAAAAACUGGGAAAAAUGAGUAUCAAAAAUGUUUUUUAUAAUUUUUUUCGUCACAUUAGCGAUAGUCCACUGAAAAUUGUAUACUCCGCCAAUCGGCUGUGUAUGGUCGCCCCUAUUGUUAUCGGCUAUCGAACUUAACAGCUGCUUGCCUAAUUUGUAUCUACCUAGUUUAUGUUUAAAUGCCUGUAUUUUAAAGUUAAUUAAGCCCAAGCUGUAGUGCAUUAUGCAUGGUCGUAAAAAAUAUAAGAAAUAAACAACAGCUGACAGCUAAUUCACCCUUAACUCGCACAUAUUGCCCGGGCAAACAAUAACAAAAGCGCCGUGCUGACUAAGCGGCGAAAGUGGUUGCAGCAAAGUCCAAUCACUAUCAAUCGCUAGCCAUGGAUAACAGCGCGGUGAUGCCACAGGCGGGCGGACGUUUAAUGCCGCCCGAGGAACUGGCCAUGCAAGCGCUCACCAAGCAGCUCUACAAGUCUCGUCUCUUCCGCGGCUAUUAUAUGGAACGCUGCUUCGUGGAGCAAGUGUUCGGCUACCGGGAUGUGGUGGUGCUACAACGCACCGAGCGAGAGCUGGAGAAGCUGCUGCACUCGAGCGCCGGCCAGCUGCAAAUGUUCUAUCAACGCUUUGUGCCCAAUAUGUGGGUGGGUAUCACCUACGGCAGUUUUGGAAGUUACCAGCACAAAGCAGAUCCUGGUCAACUGGAGACCUGCAUCUGGACGGAGAUGAAUGACCUGGCUUUUGGAGAGUAUUGGUUCAGCAUCAAGAGCCUGCGCUUCCGGGACCACGAAGUGCAGUUCAAAUUGAAGAUGGUGAGGCCCGUGGAGCCAGAGCCGAUGGCAACGCCGAGGAGAUCUCUGACCCUGAACAGGAGUAGCCCUAUCAAGGCUAUCACAGUGGGCGAAGGCUCCUCCUCCUCUAAGACGGACGAAGCGGCGGAGCAAAUUCAGCUGGGCCUUAAUGACUUUUUGGCUGUGUUGCAACAGUGGGGCGAUGGAGUCAAACAGACCGUGUACGACUUUAUGGCUAACGAUGUCAACAAGAGGAACAUCUUGGGCACCAUUCGGUUUCUGGGCCUACUCCUCUUCUCUGCCUUGGGUGGAGCCGCACUAGCGCUACGAUUCCUAGGCGUAUUCGCCGUGCGAUUCUUGUUUGAGUUGAGUCGUUUCACACACACCGCCACUCCAAUAGUGUUUAAGCUAAUCGAGUUUCUGAACAAGAUAGUGGGCGGUUUCUUCAUACUUUUGACCAUGAUUUGGAAAGACAUUGUAACUCGUGGACAGCCAGUUCCGAAGCAGCAGCAUCUGCAGCUGGGGGCAAGUAGCGCCUUCAAAAGCAUCCAGUACGAACGUUCCGAACCGAAUCGACGUAGUCCCCGGUGGUGACCCUCCACUAAAAGCACAUUAAUAUCUAGCGAAAUGUUCCGAGGUGAAAGGGCAACGAAAAAUCAUUGAAAUUGUGUUACUAGCCGUAAGCAAAGCGAAGCCAAUCCCAAUCCCCGCUUCGAGUCCGAAGGUAUUUGCUCCGCAAAUAUGGGGGCUCCUAUGAGAUUUACAGAUUUUAGUCAAUUGCAAUAUUGUAAAUUAUUAAUUGGCCUGCCACUGGCAAACAAUCGCAUGCUUAUUAACCCCACUGUUAAUUCAUUGUGUAUUGUCCGAAAAUAUGUUUUAUUAAAUCCGUUUAGUGUUAGGUCCUGUAAUUUAUGUAUCGAAAAUUAUAGUGAAUAAAUUGAAUGCAAUAUGCGAAAAUCGGAAUGAAA